UUGCCACAUGACCAACUGUCUUGAACGCCCCUCGGUCAGUUGGUGAAAGCUGUGCAAGGUAUUUGUUUCGGUUGUGAAUCGUGGCGAGCAUUUGAGUAGAAGCAGGUGACUGACAACAUAAAACAUCAGUGCAAUGCUGCUCCUCAGACGCUGCCACACCCUGACUCGAUUUGGCCCUCGCAACACUCAAAGGCAUCAAGUGGCACCUGCUGUGGCGUCCUGUGCAGUUCGUCUCUGGAGCAGCAGCAGGGAGGACCAGAGAUGGUACCAGCGUGCACAUACACCCAGCUGGAGACAUGCAUUGGCGGGACUGCUGGCUGGUACCGGGGCGGUACUGGCUUAUGGACUCCACCACCACAAGGCUGAGCAGGAAGACACAGUGCAAACCAUAGAGAAGACCUCAGCUCUUCCAGUCUUCAGCCAGGAAGAGGUCACCAGUCACCGCUCUCUGGAAGAUGGCGUGUGGGUCACCUACAAAGGUGGCGUCUAUGACAUCACUGAGUUUGUGGCCAUGCACCCUGGUGGGGAUAAAAUCUUGCUGGCGGCAGGUGGAGCCCUUGAACCCUUCUGGGCGCUGUAUGCUGUACACAAGCAGGAACAUGUGCUGGAAAUGCUCUCAGAGUAUAAGGUUGGUGAGCUGAGGGCAGACGAUCUGAAGAAGCAGCAGGCCGUUCACACAUUGGACCCCUACUCCUCUGACCCCGAGCGUCACCCCGCCCUGCGCAUCAAUAACCUCAAGCCCUUCAAUGCUGAGCCGCCUCCUGAAAUCCUCUCUGACAGCUUCAUCACCCCCUCUGCUAUCUUCUUCAAAAGAAACCACUUGCCAGUUCCUCGGGUGGACCCGGCUUCAUAUCAGUUGCAGAUAGAGGGACUACCUACAGUGCUGACGCUGUCUUUAGAAGACUUAAAGACUCGAUUCCCCAAACACACUGUCACGGCCACGUUGCAGUGUGCCGGUAACCGGCGCUCUGAGAUGAAUCGGGUCAAGCAGGUGAAAGGACUGAACUGGGGCAUUGCUGCGAUCAGUAAUGCUACAUGGAGCGGUGCGAGGCUCAGGGAUGUGUUGCUGGCUGCUGGCUACAGGCCCGAUGUGGCCCAGCGGGCUUUCCAUGUUCAGUUUGAAGGGCUGGACAAAGAUGUGACUGGGACUACCUACGGUGCCUCUAUCCCUCUAAACAAGGCAGUUAGCGAGGAAGGUGAUGUGUUGCUGGCGUAUGAAAUGAAUGGUGAGGAUCUCCCUGCUGACCACGGCUACCCCGUCCGCGUUGUGGUGCCAGGCACGGUGGGUGCACGCAACGUUAAGUGGCUGGGGAAGAUCAUUGUGAGUGCGGAAGAAAGCAGUAGCCACUGGCAGCAGAAUGACUACAAGGGUUUCUCCCCCGGGACGGACUGGGACACAGUGGACUUCAAGUCUGCUCCGGCCAUCCAAGAGCUGCCCAUUCAGUCAGCCAUCACCACACCGGCAGACGGUGUUGUGAUCAAUCGCAGUUUGGAAGAGGUGACGGUGAAGGGUUACGCCUGGAGUGGCGGAGGCAGAGAGGUGGUGCGUGUAGAUGUUUCUAUAGAUGGAGGAAAGACGUGGCAGGUGGCGCAGCUGAGGAGCAGUGAGAAGGGACAAGCACCUGAACCCUCUCCCCCACCGGGACGAGCCUGGGCCUGGAAGCUGUGGGAGCUAACGGCUCCUCUUCCUCCUGAGGCUCAGGAGUUGGAGAUAGUUUGCAAGGCGGUUGACAACAGUUACAACAUGCAGCCGGACACAGUUCCUCCCAUCUGGAAUCUGAGGGGCGUACUGAGUAACGCCUGGCACAGAGUGAAGGUGAACAUCAGAGAGGAUUAGAGCGAGGAAUAGACUCAGUGGUUUGAUCCAAAUUCCACAGGUUUAUGCCUGAAACCAAGUUAUCAGAGAUUAGACAUUGUUUAAAAUCUGUCACUGAGACUAAGCGGAAAAUACAGCAGGAUUUUGUAAGAUUGUAAGAUUUAAGAUACCUAGAACAAAGCUAAAGGCUGUAAAUAACCAAAAUAUAUCCAGUUUUAUUUUGUGAUGAAUCACCUACGUUACAUGUGAGUCUGUUAAUUCUCUAAUUUGUAGAAGAGAGAAAAUUAUUUUUGUAAUCGGGAUUGACAAUCCUUAUGCUGAAGAUGUGGACGUGGACGAAUUUGAAGUCCUAUGAAAUCUAAUUGAUAUGUAGAGAAGUUUGAAGUUUAUUAAAUAGUCAUUACAUUAAGAUGAUCAGAUCAUUACUUUAGAGAGAGCAACUGGAGUUUAAGAUGAGACUGGAAUCAUCAACUUGAAAGUUGAAACUAAACCUAGCAUUUGUUUAUCUGCAGCUGUGGCUUUGCUGAUUAAUAAUAUUUUAUAAGUUGUGGCCGGGUUGGCUCAGUGGGUAGAGCAGGCCUGCAUGUCUUCCCCCUCCCUCUCCCCUUUCUCACCUACCUGUCCUAUCCAUAAAAACUCAAAAAAUAAUCUUAAAAUAUAUAUUUUAUAAAAUAAUAAACUUUUAGUUUGAGUAGCUUAAAGAAGCUUAAAGUGCUCAUAUUAUGCUUUUUGGCUUUAUUGUGUUCUAUAUCUUUUUGUGCACGUUAUAGGUUUACAAAGUGAAAAAGCCACUCCAACAGAAAACAUGUUCGUUCGUCACCUUGUAACACACGUUACAAUGCUCGCCUAGCUGCUAGCAUGGCACGCCCCUAAGGCCAUUUCGCAGUUGCCGCUUUCGAGCUUGCGCGUGCCAAUGUGACGUAGAUCUCGAUGGCGCGCCAGGAUUUUGAGUGGCGUCCAGAGGGCGUGCACCACUCUAUUUGUUUCAACAUUGCAGAAGUCAGGGCACUGCUUGACUACACUGUGUUUUGUGUAAAAUGUACAUUAUUGUUGAAGACGAUAAAUAAAGAGUUCUAAUUGUAAGUGCCAGUGCCAUACAGCACUUCUUAGAUUAGAGGAAAUGAGAAGUAGUCAAUUAUAAUUCUUAUUUAGAGACAUCUGCUGAAAAAAACACAAUGUGUUACACAGCUUUGCAGUGCUUACGUUUUUCCAACUGGAGAUCCCGACUGGCAAGCAAACUAUAGUUUUUAUACUUAAUGAAAGAUAAUUACAUUUAACAGAUUAUUUUUCUUCCAGGGUAAUAGGAAAAAAUGCUUUAAGAGUAGUACUAAUUGUAAAAAGUAAAGUAUAUUUAUUAACAGUAGUAUUUUGUUUUACUGUUAGAAAUCAACUGAGUUUCUAGCUCCAUAUUAACUUACAGUGUGCAUAUCUAUGGUAUGGUUAACAUUUAAAUUCCCCUUUUGUAUAAACUAAAAAAAACUGCACUGGACGUUUUCACAUUUUUUCUUCUUCACCGGGGUUUUUUUUUUUUGCUCACCGUGAAUUCUGGGAAGUGGGACUUCAGCGAAAAUUUGUCAUGCCUCAGUAUAAUUUAGGUUACCUACAAGAUGACAUCACUUUCACAUGUUGGUGAUAGGUUUUGUUGUAUUGAAAGUUUUCUUUGCUCAAAUUAAAAAAAAUUAAAUCAAAAGAAAGCUGUAAGAUUAAAACAGUUUUUACCAUGUUUUAUAAAGUAACAAAUCUUUUCCUGGUACUUUUACUUAGGGAUUCCUUAAAGUAGUAACAGAGGAAAUAGGAUGCAAACUGACUGCGACUGCCUUCUGAAAAAAGAUGUUGCAGCUGGCAGAAAGGUAAGCAGGACCAAGGAGUCCAGGGGAGGACAGGAUAAUGUAAAAGGUUAGGUGUUAGGGCAAUCAAUAAUUAGAGAAAUGAAAGAAUGCAAUAACGUUUUUGUUGAAAAAUAUAGUCUAAUUAACCUGUGUAUUCCAAAACUACACUUAAUUAUCCUGUAUUCAAGUCACAAUCCGUAAUUUGUGUGAUUUCUUAAUGAAUGUAUGAACUGGGAGUCACGAUGAGUGGCCUGGCCUUCUGUUCUGAUUAGGAUUAAACAAUGUUCUUGGCACAUGGUUUCCUCUGACAGCAAGAUUAUUUAUAUAAUAAAACCAGAUAUGUUCCGGGAUUUAAAUGCUGUGGGACUCAUUUGUUUAUGAGUAUCCCGGGGCUGCUGACCUAGUGGGGAAGUUGGUUUGGUAACCAUGUUUGUCAUAAACUUUUCAGAUGUGUCUAUGAGUCAGCAAUGACUAAAUUUGCAGUAAUCGGUAUUGUGGCGGACAGAUAAAUAAAACAUUUUUUAAAAGAUUUAUAUGGUUCUGAAGUUGACGCAGACUGAGAAUUUUUGUAUUCUGUUAGUUUCAGACUCCUGAUGCUGCUACGUGUGCAGUGGAGUGCAACAUGCACGACUCACAAUUUUCACAAACUUUCUGAAAUGACAAAGCAAAAGGAAAGCAGAGUACAAUAAAUUUCCACUCACUCCAGUAGAAGAUGAGACAUUACACAUUUGUGGUAUCGAACUGGAUCCUUUGGACCAAAUGUUCUACAGUCUCUGUUCACCCUUUGUUGGAUCAAACAUAAACAGCAUUAUGCUGCUGUGUGAUGAUUUGGAUAUACAGACAGCUAGUUUAGGUGUCAAAAGCCGCCUUGUUCAUAAAAGCCUAUACUGUACUU